AUGUUGCAGACAAUUGAGAUUUCGACACCGAUAACAACGGCCGUUGGGUGCCCUGAAGACGAUGUGUUGCUGUCCAACGUCAAGCGGGCGCUCUUGCUUUCUACCCAACACAGCAGGGAGCAGGUGAAGCCGGACGGACACUGGUGUGGUGAAGUUGAAACGAAUGCAACAACAACUGCGGAAUACGUGUUCCUAUACCAAGCUCUGGGUCUAGACCUCAUGGCAGAUCGAGAAGCAAUCAUCUCCUGGCUACUCUCUGAGCAAAGAUCAGACGGCUCUUGGAGCAUUGCCACUCUAUAUCCAGGGGACAUCUCGGUAACAGUUGAGGCAUACCUUGCUUUGAAGAUCCUGGGUGUCCCUGAGGUGAGCCACGCAUUGCUCAAAGCCCGCGACUUCGUCAUCGCUGCUGGUGGUGUCGCCAAGGUCCGCAUCUUCACACGCAUAUACCUCGCUAUGUUCGGCCUGUUUCCUUGGACGGUCGUACCGGAGUUGCCACCCGAGCUAAUCCUUGUGCCAUCGAUGCUACCUAUCUGUAUCUAUCAAUGGUCAGCUUGGGCACGGGCUACUGUUGUCCCACUCCUGAUUAUCUCUCACCAUCGUCCAAUCUAUGCCCUCCCGAACCGAAAGCCUGAGUCCAGCACGUAUCUGGAUGAAUUGUGGUGCAAUCCCAUGGAUAAGAUGGUACCCUACACUUAUGGCCUUUUUGCCUUGUUGGGAUCCGACAACAUCGCCUUUGCGUUCGCCUUCGUUGACUCAAUUUUACAUUGCUUGAAUGGGCUGAGGUCGUUCAACCCUAUUCGUCGAUAUGCUAUCCGGAGGUGUGUCGAUUGGGUCCUAGAACAUCAAGAGGAAGCUGGUGACUUUGGGGACAUCAUGCCGCCAUUGCAUGGAGCUAUGUUCGCUCUGAGCUUGGAAGGAUACCCGCUAGAUUCAGACCCUAUCCAACGAGGCCUGAAAGCCAUCGAACGCUUUUCGUGGUGUGAUGAGCGCGGGAAGAGAAUUCAAACCACGGUCUCCGCUUUCUGGGACACCAGCCUGAUGAUUAUCGGCCUGAGUGAUGCUGGAACGCCAUCAAAAAUCCCUUCGCUUACAAAAUCUAUGGAAUGGGUGCGAGGCCGACAGAUUCUCAGUAAGCACGGUGACUGGACUGUAUAUAAUCCCAACCUGAGACCAGGUGGUUUCAGCUUCGGUUACUAUAACACUUGGUAUCCCGAUGUGGAUGAUACGGCGGCGGCUGUUGUGUCGAUGAUCAAACAAGACUCCGAUCCAGUGCAUUCUCCCUGUGUUUUGGAUGCCAUGGAAUGGCUUCUCGGAAUGCAGAACAAAGACGGAGGCUGGGGUGCUUUUGAUCGGGACAACAGCAACAUGUUUCUCAAUAAGAUCCCUUUCAGUGAUAUGGAGGCCUUAUGUGACCCGUCCACUCCGGACGUCAGUGGUCAUGUCCUUGAGGCCUUCGGCCUCUUCUUACUAGCGAGCCGGCAGCACAAUACACAAAUGGACGGGAAUGAGCUUGUCGAUUCUCUGACGUCGGCCUCUCAGAGAGCGAUUUAUUACUUAUCCGACAUGCAAGAAUCGUCGGGCGCGUGGUGGGGGCGCUGGGGCUGCAACUACAUAUACGGAACGAGUUCUGCCCUCUGUGCACUGGCAUAUUUUCUUGGCACCAGAGUGAAAAGCAAUUGGAAAGAGAAAGAUGACAGCAUUUACGAUUGUGUGAGCAAUGCAAUACAAUGGUUGGAAACGACUCAAAAUCAGGAUGGCGGUUGGGGCGAGACUCUCGAUUCCUAUAAGGACCCUCUGCGAGCUGGCACUGGCCCCUCAACGGCAACACAGACAGCUUGGGCGCUUAUGGCUUUGUUGCCAUAUCUACCACCGUCGACCGGAAUGCUCCGAAAGGCGGUAGAGUAUCUGCUACGAACACAGCGUAUGGUAGGUCCUGAAGCGGCAACAUGGCAUGAUAAAAGCUUUACCGGGACUGGAUUCCCGAACCACUUUUACAUCAGAUACUCUUUCUACUCUCAUUACUUUCCGCUGAUGGCGCUCGGCCGUUACGCAAGUCUACUGGAACGAUGUCCGCCAAGUGUAUAUGAACCUCCCAAGGAGCCUAUAACUACUCUCGAUAGCGACUUGGCAGACCUACGAAGGAGAAGCUGGCCACGCCCUAGCUGA